GUCCCAGUUGGGAAAGAUAUUUCUAUGAAAUGCAGAACUAGUUACUCGCAAUUGCAAAUGGGAAUUUGGAACAACAUUGAAGCAGAUACUAAAAUAAUUGUGUUUGACUUGAACAAACUUCUUGCAAAAUCCCCAAGGUAAGAAAACUUUGUAAUUUCUAGAUAGAGAGAGAGAAGUCUUAGAAAGCCUGGAUUGGCAAAAAGGUGACAAAUCCCCAUAAUCAUUUUCCAUUUUAACACAAAUAGAUGUAUCCUGCGGGCAGCGCAUAUGAAAAAAUCUUGGUUCUACAAUAGUUAGCUUGAGGACCAAACAAAUAUGGGUGUAUUCUCUAAAAAUGAAAUUGUAGUGAUAUGAAAACAAAUUUGCUAAAUUUUAUUAUAACUGAUUUGGUAACAUUUCCCAAAACACAUAUUUUUGGCCUAAGUAUUGGAACUCACUAUAAUCCUUUGUUAGUAAAUAAACAUCAAUAUUGGUUUUCAGAGAGAGCAUUAUGUUAAAGAGACACUCCCCUGCCCAGAGCAUAUAUUGUUCGAUAUGACAAGGUAAACAGAAGGAUCUACCUUCUACGGUAAAUUUUCAGAGCUUACCUCUGCAAAGUCUAUAUGAUGGGAAAAACUUGCAUUAAAUAUUGACAUUUUGAUAAUUGUUCUUCAUGUUAAACGAAUGAAUAGUGAGAUGAAUUAGAAUACAUAUAAAAGAAACAUAUAAAGUCUCACCAGGUAUCAAAUUAUUUGGAAUGCUACCUCCACAAUACGAGGAAAAGAAACACCAGGCACUCAGGAGAGGGUGAGUUUGAUUGGAUUAAAGUGUCUCCAUGUUGCUCAAUUACAUCUGAGUGUCUGCUGCUCCUGUUCAUUAUUUUAGGUCAAAUGAAGGCAUCUGUUUCGUACACAAAAUGUGCAAAGUCUGUUGCUUCCGUAAGUUCAAUUUAGUCAGUUUUUCAAAGCGUAACUAGGAAUCACAGGGCCCUAGUGCAAGAAUCAAUUAAGGCCUCCUUACUCCCCCCCUAAGCAAUACACCUGAGUGGAAUGUUUGUAUGGGCUGUGUGUGAUGAUGUGAGCUAAGGCUGUGAGUGAUCGUGUGUGGCACUUGGAUGAGUGUAAUUGUGGUAGUUGCCUGGGUGUGAUAGCUGAUUGAGUGUGAUCUGACAUUGUGCAGUGGCAGAACUAAUAUACAGAGGGCCCUGGUGCAAGAAUGUUUUUGGGCCCCUCUAGCACAAAGAUGGCUUUUGCAUUGUUGAACUGUGACAAUGCUUUGCCAGCUGGGGAUUUACCAUUUGCCCAUCCUUGCAGGGUUGUAUUUGUGAGCAAUGUUUGUGUGUCUGAAUGUAAGCAUGUUUUUGUAUAAUGUAUGUGUGUGCAUGUAGGGUGUAUUUGUACUGUUGCCAUUGGAGUACGGUGGUGUACUUGCGUGUAGUGUUUACGUUUAAUUGCAAGGGUGUGCUUGUAUGAAGUGAUGUUUUUUUAAAUGUGGAUGUACAUUUGUGUGCAGUAUUGGUGUUUGAAUGAAUGGACGUCGGUCAAAUAAGUUAUUUACCUGUCAAAUUUUACUUUGAAUUUUAGCCCACCCACCUAUCUGUCUCUCUAUCUAUAAAUGACGUGAGGAAAAGAUACCUUUUUUUAAUUAAAUGCUUUCAUCUUUUUAAGUACACACAUUCUCACUGAUCCAUACUUCUACUCAUUGGCACACAUUCACACUGACAGACAAACACUUGAUACACAGACACACAUUUUCAUUGAUGUCACACUGUCAGAUAUAUAGACAAACAUUGAAAACCAUAAACACACACUGACACAUGCAUACUUACUGACAUACACACACUGAGAAAAGGGGAACAGGGGGCACACCCGGAACAUGCAUUUUUAAGUGAUGGUGCUGUUAUAGAGAUCAAAAUAUAUCCAAAUACAGAUUAGGUAAUGAUGCACACACAAACGCAAGUAAUUAUUUUUUUUUUACAUUUUUCAAGGUUACUUAAAACCUAUCUUAGCAAAACAAAUAUUGGGAUUCAAUUACACCACGCGGUCAUAUUGUGUUAUGCCCACCACUACAUCAUAGUACCCCAAUAUCGGUGAGUGUUAACAUUUAAUAUGUUAAAUUAGCAUAUGUCCUUCCAAAUAUAAUGCUUAUUUAACAUGGGUAACGGAUGAGUUACCUUUUACAAAUUGCCUGAAACAUUUACCAUCAUGAGUAUUUUAUAUUUUUUUUAGAAAUGGAUUAACAGCUUACUUUCAACGAUACAUGUUUCUGAAAUUGCACACAUUAGGGUGCCUUUGAUCAACAAAAUAUUUUUCUACAAUACAAGUUACAAAAUGCAUUUUGUUAGAAGCAGCUAAAGAAAUGAAAUUAACAUUUUUUACAUUAAAGAUGCUACUUUCAUAAAACUAAGUAUAAAAUACCUACCAGAAGCUGUAAAAUAUUGCAAAAUGAUGAGAUAUGCAAAUAGGCACCAGUAUAUUUGCGUAGCAUUUCUUCUGUUUAUAUAAUAGACUCACAACCAAUUAUGCACACCCUACGAACGAUCCUAUUCAGUCUGAUGAUUCACAAAGUGUUUUGUAGCAGCUAACUGACUUUGCAAUUCAUUGACUUGAUUUUCAGAUUUUAUUCUGUGUUCUAAUAAUAGAAAAAAUCUCAACCUAAUGAGAUUUGUUGAAACCUCCCCCCCAAAAAAUCCAAGGUAUCUCUGGAGCUGUGUAACUUUCAAUGACUGGAUUAACAGGAGAAUCAUCCUAAAAACAGGCAAUUGUAGUAAUUAAAUUAAACACAUCUCAGAAAAGUUUAUCAUUCUCGAGAAAUGCCUAGGGGCAUAAAAAUGAGUCUGCGACACAAUGGCUGUUUUGGUUCACUGUGUAUUUUGUGAAAUUAGAUAUUAUUUAUGAUGAAUGUAAAAGUAAACCUGGGAAAAUGCAAAAUUCUUUUUUUUUUAACACUGUACAGAUGGUGUUACAACUAGACUUAUUGAAUGUAGCUUUAAAGGCAGUAUCAAUUUUAUCCCAAUAAAAUACAUUUUUUGAAUUGAUUUGCCAGAUCAACGCUUAGAAAAAUAAGGUAAAUUGUUGAUAAAUUAAUUUCUGUUAACCUGAAACAAUUAGUUGAUUAAUAGACUAUAUUUGAAAUUGUAAUAUAUGCUUUUUUGUUGUUGACUCACCAAAAUUUGUCUAGGCGUAUUCCAGUCCUAUUUUCAGAUCUAAAACAAAAUAAUAAACAGUAUAAAAAAAAAAUUCAUUACAAGAGAAAAAUUCUUACCUUGUUUGCAACAUAUAAAAUGAUGUUACUUUACACCACGUCUAAAAUAAACUUUCAGCCAACACAGGAUACACAGGAUUACAAAGCUCUUAUUAGCUCUUUGGUAAUUGUCCUUCUCAGAGCUGGAAUAACUCUGAUGAGAGUAAAUAAAUGUACAUAGUGCAUUGCUGCAGAAACUGGAAAAUUUUGUUAUCAAAAAAGGUUAACAUUCACACAUUAAAAAGCAUGCAUACAAGUGAAAGAAGAAGAAGGUAGACAUCCAAAAUGGUUGAAAGUGUCAUAUGAUCUGAUUUCCAGUGAAGCUGCCAAUGGAGUGAUGAACCAUAGUGUCAGAUUUCCCACUAGGCAAAGUAGGUGCCUAAGAAAAAAAAGUUACCUGCGCUCUUUCCACAUCCCUAUGUAUCAAAUGGAGGUUUUUAGUUACCUCCAAUGGUCAUGAGAGGGUAAGCCCACCUGCCACGUCAAGGCAGACCUCUUAGGUGGGUCCUAACUCUAACCAUUCGCCUUGCUUCCUUGAGCUUCUGGCAAAAGUCUCUCUAAUGAGACAGAAAGGGCUAUUUUUUAUAUACAUCCCUACAAGCUUAUUAACCCUUAAUAGGGAACACAUGGGAUGGGCAGCAGCAUUGCAACCUAGCUGUGUGAUACAAAAGUAAAUAAAAAUACAAAAAACUAGUCCUGCGCGAUAACACCCAUUACUCCUGGGCAGCAGCAACGACCACAGUACACAUCAGCCAAAAUACAUAUAGUAAAAACCAAAGAAAAAAGUUACCUGCGCUCUUUCCACAUCCCUUUGUAUCUUUAAACAAAUUGAGGUUAUUAGUUACCUCCAAUAGCCAUGAGAGGGUAUGCCCACCUGCCACGUCAAGGCGGACCUCUUAGUUGGGUCUUACUCUAACCAUUUGCCUUGCUUCCUUGAGCUUCUGGCAAAAAAAUCUCUAAUGAGACAGAAAUAGGGAACACAUGGGAUGGGCAGCAGCAUUGCAACCUAGCUGUGUGAUACAAAAGUGAUACAAAAGUGAAUACAAAUACAAAAUAGGUACCUGUCUACAGGUGCUUCUCUUGUAGGGGACACCUUUAUACAGAACCCUUAAUGUGCCUUUUUGGAGCUUACGUGAGCCGUUAGGGAGAGAUAAGUACCUGGAGCCAUGGCCAGUAUCCUCAGUAGCCCAGUCACGUUACUAUGCUUGAUAGGAGAGCUGCAGGAAUAGUUAUAGAAGGUAUAAAACCAAGUUCUGUCCUAGCUCCUCUGUGUCUAUGUGUGAGAUUGGACAGAAAGUGAAAGGGAUAAUUUCACAUCUGCCCACUUAAAGCCACACACAUAGGAAAUGCCUUACAGGAAGAACAGUGACAUCUGCAGCUCAUCAAUCCAUCAAUGAAUCAUAGGGGGAAUAGGAGGGUAGGUACUUUUUAAAUAAACUUUUAAACCAUUUUCUCUAACCCUUAAUUUAAUACCUCCAAAUAAUUAAACAAAUCCAUUCCUUAUCUCCACAUUUAAGAACUCAAAGCCUAAACCUUAAAACAGCCCUUUAACUUUAUCUUAGUUUUCAAUACUCCGUUAAUACAUAAAUUAAACUCACUUUAUCUUUUGUUUAUUAUUAUUAUAAUUUUUUUUGGAGUGGGGUGUGAGCAAGCAAGGGGAAAUUUUAGAAAUCUGUGCCUGCAUGUAUCCCACUAAUCAGUCCAGAACAGAAAGAAACCUUUAUAACAAGCAAACCCCACCAGUUUUAUACAGCACUUUCUGGUUCUAAAACCUAAAGUGUUUUUGAAACACUAAUAUACAUUAAAUAUCAGUCACUUUCAAAUUUUUAAGUCCUCUACAGCCAGGUGUUAGUUACACUCCACUAUAUCCACCACUGUUUUAUAACAUGUGUCAUUAAGAGCAUUAAAAGAAUGCCUAUCAUACAGUGAACAGAUUGUGUAGUAAGGUUACUCCAACCACCAUAACCACUCCAGUGCUUGAAACUCUGCACUGAGAUAUUUGCAUUUGUAUGUUAGGUUAGUUACACCCCCCCAGCACACAUGAUUUCGGCAACCCAGAACAGAGUUCUGGGCAUCCUAAAGUAAAUUUUGUGCAUAUUUUACGUACAUGCAUGUUAGCGGCAGAUGUAAGGAUAUUCUCACCCAUUCCACUAUGUGCUCCAUCCAGUACAGCCUUUUAAAAAAAAAAAAAACGUCCUUUUGCUGGCAUGUGCUCUGAGCCAGCAAAGCAGUCCAUUCACAGGUCUGUGAUUGGACCGCGUAAGGGCUGCUAUAACAUAGGAUGAAGGAGGUAGAUCAUCACGGGAAUUUUCACCUGGCACUGGAUUACUGGUAAGUAAAAAAAAAAAAAAAUUAUAUUGUUUAACCUCGUGAUUAAAAAGGUUCUCGGUAAUCCUUUGAAUUUUGAAUAGUUGCUGUACUGAACUGCUAAAAGAUUCUGCCUGCUAAAAGAUUCUAAUAGUGAACACAGACGUGGAACAAUGCCACCACACAAAGUAGAGAACAUGCUUAAACAGCUUCUGUGCAUUCAGAAACAAGACAUAACAUUUUAUAUAGGUCUGCGCAGUACAUACAAAUGUAUAUUCCACAUAUGCCUAUUAACUGUAUUUUUUAGACAUUACAAAUAUGUCCUAAAUAUAGCUGCUACACCGGUUGCUUGUUAAAGAUACCUUUGCUUAGUGUUUAACCUCCCAGAGGUGUCUGAAUACCGGACCUGCCAGUUUCUCUGGCAUCUGUGGGGUUUACGCAUUGAUCAAUGUCCUAUUUGAACAACUAUGAUUAAGUAGUGUACCUCUUCUUACAUUUCAAAGCAUAAUGUCUAUCUAUUCAUGGAGAUCCUAUUAGAUCACUGAGUAUCCUUCUUUUGUUCCUGCAGGAUGGGAUUCCAUGCCAAAUCAAUGGUCCUGUCUCACUGGCUUUUCCUGGUCUAUGUGCUAAUGGUGUGCUGCAAAGCAUUGUCUGCCUCUAGCUUCCAUUCCCGAGGGCAAACAGGUAGGAGCCUUUGA